AUGUCGAUGCGGGUGGCCAAUUGGAUAAGUUCAGAAAGACUCCCACAGCCGGGACUACUGCUGCUCCCAUCUUGGAACAGAUUUGGAGGAUGGCAAAUUAUAUUCUAUGAGGAACGAAACUUCCAGGAUCGCUCCUACGAGUGCAACUCUGAUUCCUCUGAUCUGUCUUCAUACUUCAAUCGUUGUAAUUCUAUCCAAGUGGAGAAUGGAAACUGGAUCCUGUAUGAACAUCCUAACUAUAGAGGACACCAGUAUUUCCUUAGAAAAGGAGAAUAUCCUGAUUUUCAACAAUGGAUGGGUUACAAUGACUCCAUCAGAUCCUGUCGUUUAACCCCACAGCAUCGUGGACCUUUCAGGCUGAGAGUCUACCAGAGAGAAGAUUACAAAGGUCAGAUGAUGGAGUUCACUGAAGAUUGUCCUGAUGUCCAUGAGCAAUUCCGCUACCAUGACAUCUACUCUUGCCAUGUGCAUGAUGGAUACUGGAUGUUUUAUGAAGAGCCCAACUAUAGAGGACGUCAGUAUUACCUGAAGCCUGGAGAGUACAGGAGAUACAGUGACUGGGGAGCAUCUAAUCCAAGAAUUGGUUCUUUCAGAAGAGUCCAGUACUUACAUUAA